AUGUCACGUGAGGCGGCCCGAGGUGCGGUCACGUGAAAACUCUCUUCCUGUUUGGCUGAUUGGACGUUUCCGGUGUGGGCUCAGUAGUUGGGGUCCUGCGAUAUUGAAGCAUUAAUCAGUGUUAAAAUCGAGAUGAUGUCUACAAAACAAAAGACCUCACGUAGCAAAGAUGAUGCUCCCCAUGAAUUAGAAAGCCACUUCGUUUUAAGGCUUCCUCAGGAAUAUGCAUCAACGGUGAGAAGGAUGGUGCAGUCUGGCAAUGUCAAUGCAAAAGACAGGCUCUCAGUUGAGUUACAUCCGGAUGGCCGCCAUGGGAUUGUGCGUGUUGAUAGAGUCCCACUUGCUGCAAAGCUAGUCGAUGUUCCAUGUAUAUUAGAAUGUUUGAAAACCAUUGACAAGAAGACUUUCUACAAGACUUCUGACAUCUGCCAGAUGUUAGUUUGUUCCCUUGAUGGUGACCUUUACCCUCCUCUAGAGGAACCAACUGGAGCAAGUGACCCAAAGGCCAGCAAAAAAAAGGACAGGGACAGAGAAAAGAAAUUUAUUUGGAAUCACGGCAUAACCCUACCUCUAAAGAAUGUGCGCAAAAGGCGCUUCAGGAAAACUGCCAAAAAAAAGUACAUCGAGUCUCCAGAUGUGGAGAAAGAAGUGAAACGUCUUUUGAGCACAGAUGCAGAGGCAGUCAGUGUCCGAUGGGAGGUGAUCGCUGAGGAUGAGUCCAAAGAAAAUGAAAAUCUGACUGGCCUAGAUGGUUCUCCUGGAAUGUCUGGAAUGAAACAAGGGCGUGGGUCUUCAGUGGAACGAGAUGAACUUCGUGAGAUCUUUAAUGACAUUAGUAGCAGCAGUGAUGGAGAGGAAGAGGAAAGAGAACGGCAAGAAGAGGAAGACCUGAACAUUAUGGAAACUGAAGAUGAGCAGCGAGGGCGUUCAAAUGGCCAGGAUGGGGGUACCAAUCAGAUAGUCCUAGAAUUACAGAAACAGGUUGAAAAUUUACAGAAGAAACUGCGGGAGACUCAAGAAAGAAGGAAACGUCAGGAAGAGCUCAUUAUGAAGGUGGAGAACGUUGCUCUUAAGACACGUCUGCAAGCAGUGCUGGAUGAAUUCCGGCAGCAGGAAGACCGUGAGAAACAACAGGUGACAUCAUUGCAGGAGCAGCUUGAAGCUCUGAUAGAGAAAUGAGGAAGAAACUGAAUGUAAUAACCUUCAAGCAGAUGGGUUGGAAGAUGAUGAUUGAGUUUGCGGCAGAUUCCUAAUAAAAACAUUCAUCGGG